AUGUUACUUCCCGGAAAACAGCAAAAGCAGCCUACCGAACAAGAAGAUUGUGAUUUUUAUCGAAAACUGCAAAUGCUUUGGCUCGCGUUCGAUAUGAUACGAUCAUCAUGCGCAGUUUUUUUAUCCCCGCUGUUCAGUAAAUUUCAUGUUCGCCACUCCUUCUACAACAACAACACAAUCCAGUGGUUUCUCAUUCACUUAGUACUAGACCAUGUCAUUAAACAGCAAAGUAAUGGAGAAAAUUAUACAGAAGAACAGAAACUGAUAAAAUAA